ACCUCGAUCAUUAACAAGAAACACCCACUACAUUAUCUCUUUUGUCUACAGUCUGAACGUAUUUUUCUGUCACAAACCGUCGCUUCUCUGAGCAGUAUUUACCAUCGAGAUGGCUACCGCCACUGGGACGAAUCCUACACUAGCACCGGCUCCCCUGCCAGUUGGGCAACUGGAAUCGCUAAAGUACAAAGUGCAGCAGAUGAUCGAGUCCAUCCAAUCGCUCAUGGGCACGAUUGACCUUGGAGGGCAUCCUGUGAUGCAUUCAUGGCCUGACAUCCUCUCAAAAUACAAUGUUUUGCUGUCACAAUCUCACAAUCUCGCGAACUCCUUGACGGUUCAUCCCACAGGUGCUCCCCGAGGGAAUGUUCCUGGUGCAUCUCAAAAUAUACUCGAGAGGCUAGCUCUUCAUCCGUCCGUGCCUAUGACGGAUACCCAGCUCGAUAAUGAGCUUAUUCCUUAUCUCCGAAACCAACAGACAGUUGAUGUCCUCAAGUUAGAGAACGAUACCGUUAGACAUCUUGCUGAACACAUGCAAACGAAGGGGUCAAUUGGUGUUCUGGGACCAUCAAAUGGACCCAACUUUGGACGAAUGGGAAGUCAACAGAAACGGCCAGAAUACGAGGAUGUCCUUCGCGAAUGCGAGCAAACACGCGUGGAGCAUGACUUGCGAGUCGAGAGAGCCGUUCGGGCAGUGACGAUGCUUCGCGAGAAGUAUGAUUGGAAAGCGCGAGUAGAAGUGGACCAGGAAGAACCUGAAGAGUUAGAAUGGGACCCUCGUUUCCAGGGGCAGUUUCAGAAUGGUGAGAGGCCGCCGGAUGCUGAAAGUGUGGGCGAGCAGAGUAACGAUACUGAGGAUGAGGAAGAGCUGGAAGAGGUCCUGGGUGAUGGUGCGGAUCAGACACCAGAAGGAUCGCCUGGUCCUAAUUCUCAAGAUGUUGCCAUGGCAGGAUCGUGACUCGUUCGUUACAGUGUGUACGAACUACUUAUGUUUUGUAGUUUGACUGCACUAAUAUGCAUUGUACUGAAGUACAGCAGAUCAUCUAGUUUAUACGAUCUCUUUCGGAGACGGUUGAAUAGGAUACCCCGUAUCGCAUUCUUCGCAUGGCACGCCCUCUAAGACAUUGUUCCGCUAUCGCAAGUUCACAACUCGCAAGCUCUUUGCUUUCAACCCACUCGUGCUCCUCGAGGGAAUCUGUGGUGUCCUCAAAAUACACUUCAGACACUCAUCCUAUCUGUCUAUGUUUGCGAUGGAUGCCUUGCUUUAUAACGAGCUAUUCCUUCCAAGCCCAGCAGACCGCCUGUAUUCCUCGGUGCUCAUUGAGAUCUGUAACAAUAGGAUUCUCCAGCCAAGGGGGCCUAUUGUCGCCUUGGGACCCUCUAUUUCUGAUGGAUCGAACUUUGGACGGAUAGGCGGUCAACAGAGACAAUCGGAAUAUGAAGAUUUCCAUUCGGCUGGACUGCGACUAAAUGGGCAGAAGGGACGCCUCGUUCGCACUCUCAUCAAUUUGUAACGACUGGUUCGAGUCUUUCUAAGGCAGAGUGUAGAGAGAUAAAAACACUCCUUCCUCAAGAUAUCUCUAUCUGCUUGGUUCGCAGCUCGCUCUUUGUGUUGUACGUAUGGUUUGAAUGGUGUUCGUUGCGUUUGUGAAUUUGACUCGCCGAUGAUGUGGUCACAAACAAAAGAUACCAUACAUUUUAGGAGCUACUGCAUGUGAAAUGCAAGUUACUAGACGUUGUAGGGGUGAAGGUAAAAGCUGGUUUGAAGAAUAUAUCCGAGUCGAUAAGU